AUGCUGGUGGUUCUUCUAUUUCUCAUCAUUUUCGGUGGAUUUUAUCCGGCAUUUUCUGAUUUGGAGGACGAAAUACCACAAGUGGUUCGAGAAAAAGUGAAGGCACUUUUUCAGCGGGAGUAAGUCAAAAACUAAGUGAAUUACAAUACCAGUUCUACUCUUAGCUGUUUCUUGAGUUUUCAGAUUUUUUGUAGAUAUCUUUUUCAUGGUAAAAAAACUUAUUUUCAGACCCCAGGAUAAGCAUUGUAUCUUACCCUUCCAAGACCGCUUAAUCCAUGGAAAACUCUACUCGUCCGUGCCUAAUAACCCAUACCCCUACAAGCAAUAUCAAGUGGUUUGGCCUAUCUGUCGUGACAUUGUGUAAGAAUACUGUAGUUUUCGUGUUGGGACCAAGAAUUUUGCAUUUCUUUAAAGCCCAUCAAAAUUCCGGGGUUGUCUAAAAAAGUUGUCAUAACUUUUGAACUACUGGCUCUACAGUCUUGUAGGUUGUAUCAAAAUGAAGCUGAUUGGAUUUCCUUCCCCAUAAUAUAUUACAUUUCCAGCUACGGUCACACACUUCCGGAAGCCAACGAGAUUUCCGGAGACAACCCGGAUGUCAAAGUAGGCUUGGUGAAUAUUCUAAUUGAUGCAGACGUGCCGGGAAAUUAUUACAUUAUGAUGUGGCAACGUCUGCCAGCCGGCAACACUUCGAAAGCAAGUCUUUACAUGAACGAAUACUUUCUUUUUGACGUCCAACUGACAUCAGGUGGGUAGUGUAAUAUAAUGAUAUACAAGUCGCCAAGUCUGACUCUAAGUUGUUGGGAAAGAGUUGAAAUAGUCUGAUCACUCUUCAUUUUUUCAGAUUAUAGCCAUUGGGAAAUUAACGUACCACCUGAUAUCGAUGUAAGUCCAAAAAUUUUUAUAUUGCACUGUGCGUUCAGAAAAAGGUCCAUAACAUUGAAAUCCGCACCUCGCAAUUCGAAAAUCAAUUGUUUUUUGUCUUGUGGGUGAGUAUUCUGUUCACUAAUCUCAUUUUGGUUACUGUAGGUUGUCAGCGUCGAACAGAGAAACCUGUUGUUUGAAAAACGCACAGUGCAGUGGGAUUUCCCAACUCCGUUGACCCGGCGAAGCACCAGUUCGAUCAAAGUUUACCUCAUGUCAGUAAAAUACGAUUUUUUACGUAAAUUUUUGUUUUUUUACAAUUUACAACCCAAAAAUGUAAUUUACAAUUGCUUUCAGCUCAACUGUAAUUUUGAGUCUUUUACUGGUUCUGGCAUUCGCAGCCCUCCCAAUUAUUGGUGUCUUUUACUUUGCAAAGAGUUAUGAUGGCCCACACUGCUCAAGCGCACCAACUCCCAACGUUUCCGCCGAUAAAUGA